UGUGCGGGCACGGUUUGUUUUGAUUAGUGCGCUUUGUUCGUCCGUUCUUCACAGUCAGCGAAACGCUGGUAGAAAGGAAAACACAAGAAACUAGUGAAAGUGGGACAAAACAAUGGAAUUGUAAAGAGACAGACAGACACACAUACCACUGUUGUGCCAGCACGCGAACGGAAGGACAUGAGACACGGUAACAGCAUUGCAUGGGUACAGGCAGGAGUGAGCAAAUAGUUACAGUACAGCUGGAUACGAUACCGUGUGUGGCGGCAGCAAGCACGAACUAACCCCACCCAAAUGGAUGCGGCCAAACAGCGAGUGGGUGAUGUGGUCGGAGCUGUAAAGAAUAACCUAAGCAUGGCAACCGAAAGCGGUCUACGCGUGGUGCGCCAAUACUCCGACGAGGGACGUACGCUAGCACUGCGAACGCUGAGCGAAGCAAACAGUGAGGCAGGGACGGUGGUGCGUAACGCGUGGAGCAGCUUCAUCCAGCUGGUGCAGCGCUUGAAGACGUCGGCCCGGGAAGUGCUGGACCCGUCGGUGCUGUACGAAGAGCUGCGCAUAUUUUUCCGCGAUGAAAUCGCUCGAAAUAACGCAUUCGCGAUCCUGAUCGGUCUCGGGUUCGGUACGACCGGCGGCUUCAUGCUGGGCAUGUGGCUGGCCCGACCCCACCUGCCCACGCCGAUCAUGAAAUCGAUCGCGUCCACCUCGUUCCGCGAUCCGGACAAUGUGGUCGUCUGCCAGACGGCGGUGCCCCAGUUCCAGUCCGCCUCCGACAUACUGGUGCGGGUGCGGGCGGCCUCCCUCAACCGGAUCGAUCGGCGCAUCGCGUUCGGGUAUGGGCGCACGCUGCGGCGCAUGAUACGCACCUACAACAGUACGUACGAUCCGGAGCUGCCGCUCGUGCUGGGACGUUCCUGUGCCGGAAUCGUGGAAGCGGUCGGUACCGGCUCGAAGAGUGGGCUAGAGAUCGGGGACGAGGUGUGGCUCGCGACGCACUGGUACGAGCCGGGCGUGGCGUCCGAGUUUGUGGUCGUGCCGGAAACGCGCGUCUCGCGCAAACCGUUUCUGAUUGGGUUCGAGGGUGCGGCCAGCCUGCCGUACAGUGGUUCGAUCGCGCUUAACCUGCUCGACGAGCACCACCUGACCGAGCACACGUGCAAGGGCCGGCAGAUUCUGGUGCAGGACGCGUGCUCGCCGGUCGGGUGCGUCAUCACGCAGCUGGUGCACAAGUGGGGCGCCCACGUGACGGCCACCUGCCACACGCGCUCGGUGCCGGUGAUCAACAAUCUCGAGGAAAGAGGUGCGGCGGACAUCAUCACCUUCGACAACGAGCACUUCCGGUCGAACUUUAUCGACGUGAACGUGGAAAAGUCCAACUUCAUCAACGAGCUGACGUCGCGGCCCAAGUUCCACUACAUCUUUCUCACCACCCGGCUCGGGUACGAUUACAAGUUUCUCGAAAAGUUCCUUACCAAAGACGGUGUGAUAGUGGACGCGGUCGAGCCGGAACAGUCCACCGACGAUUACGGCGUGGUCGGGCGCUUCUUUCUCGGCACGUACGUACGGUGCCGGAAGGUGGCCGCGGUGCUGUUCCGCACCAGCGUCGACUGGGGCGGCCCACACCUGUGCCAUUUCGUGCUGGAACGGUUGGCCGGCUUCGUGAACGAUGAAACGCUCAAAACGGUCGUCGAUCGGGUCUACACACCGAACGAAGUGGAACGAGCGCUGGAACACAUUUGCAGCGAGAAAAGCAUCGGCAGUACGAUCAUCAGCUUCCGGUAGACGGAAGCGGAGUAGGCUACGAUCGCGAAAAGCGAACUGAACCACGAUUGCUUGCCCGACCACUGACUGAAUAGGGAAUAUCUUGGAAUACUACGAUGAAAGCCUUCAUUCUUCUUCUUUUUUUAACGAAACCGUUUUCUUCCCCCCGCAACCGGCUGAUUAUACUUAGAUAGAUGUUUUGUUUGUUUGUUUGUUGUUUUUAAACUGAUUAGGUCCAAUUUUUUAGCCACGAUUUUCUUAUUAAUGUUCUUCCGACCAGACCAGACUGGGCCCCCGUUUUUUGGCCAUCGAUUUUUCUCGCAUGGGGGGCGCACCGCACGCACGGUCGCUUUUGACAACGAUUCGAUAAUCGAGAAUAAUAAAAAAAAAAAGUAAUAAACAAAGGAAAGCGUGCAAAGACCGA